UAAGGAGAGGCGGGGCCUGGUCGAGCCUUGAUUGGUCCUGGUGCGCAAGGGCGCGGAUCGUGGUGCCGGCUGCGAGCUGCUGUGGUCGCUGGGGCAGAUUAGCUCUGCUGCGCGUUGUGCAAGAUGAGAAAGGUGGCUUUGAUCACCGGGGCGAGCAGUGGCAUUGGGCUGGCCCUUUGCAAUCGGCUGCUGGAAGAAGAUGACGAGCUUCACCUGUGUUUGGCGUGUAGGAACCUGAGCAAAGCAGAAGCUGUUCGUGAUGCCCUGCUGGCCUCUCACCCCUCUGCCGAAGUCACCAUUGUGCAGAUGGAUGUCAGCAGCCUGCGGUCCGUGGUCCAGGGUGCAAAGGAAGUCAAACAAAAGUUUCAAAGAUUAGACUACUUAUAUCUGAAUGCUGGGAUCAUGCCUAAUCCCCAGCUAAAUAUCAAAGCAUUUUUCUUUGGCAUCUUUUCAAGAAAUGUGAUUCAUAUGUUCUCCACAGCGGAAGGACUGUUGACCCAGAAUGACAAGGUCACUGCUGAUGGGUUCCAGGAGGUGUUUGAAACCAAUCUCUUUGGCCACUUUAUCCUGAUCCGGGAAUUGGAACCUCUUCUCUGCCACAGUGACAACCCCUCUCAGCUCAUCUGGACCUCCUCUCGAAAUGCAAAGAAAUCUAACUUCAGUCUUGAGGACAUCCAACACACCAAAGGCCAGGAACCCUACAGCUCUUCCAAAUACGCUACCGACCUUCUGAACGUGGCUUUGAACAGGAAUUUCAACCAGAAGGGUCUGUAUUCCAGUGUGAUAUGCCCAGGGGUAGUAAUGACCAAUAUGACUUAUGGAAUUCUGCCUCCCUUUGUGUGGACCUUGCUCCUGCCGGUGAUGUGGCUGCUUCGCUUCUUUGCAAACGCUUUCACCAUGACCCCGUACAAUGGAGCAGAAGCACUGGUGUGGCUUUUCCACCAGAAACCCGAGUCUCUCAAUCCUCUGACCAAAUACCUGAGCUCUACCACAGGCUUUGGGACGAAUUAUGUCAGGAGCCAAAAGAUGGACAUAGAUGAAGACACUGCUGAGAAAUUUUAUCAAACCUUACUGGAUCUGGAAAAGCGUGUUAGGAUCACCAUUGAAAAAUCAGAUCACCCGAGCUGAUGGCGACUGUCUCCAUAGCACCCAGCACCUGCUGUACGUCCGGGAUGUGUGCCUGUCCAUUGUGCCGGAUGAUGCCCAUCUGUAGUAAACCAUAAGCCGUGAUGAUCUCUGCUCCUCCCUUUCAGAACCAUCUCCAAGACUGUGUGUGUGCACAUGUGCAGGCAUGCACAUAUGUGUGAGAAAGGAUUGGCAAAAUAGAGGAACUAAGUAAAUACCCUGCAUGAGUGUCCUUUUGGAUUACUAGAGGCUUCCUGCAAAGCAUCUCCAUACAUUCUGCCACCUGGAGCCCAGCAGAUUAACUUGAGUGACUGGGUCACUUGAACCUCCUUUUAGUCCCAGCAAGGAGGGGCAGUGCCACUGAGAAGUAGUUCUAGCUUCUUUUCUUUCUUUUCUUUUCUUUUCUUUUCUUUUCUUUUCUUUUCUUUUCUUUUCUUUUCUUUUCUCUGUGAUUGCUUUCCUAUCCUCUGUGGUCUUCUUCAUAUGCUGCUCUGAAUAAUCUCACAGGAUCGCCCAUCCCAGCGGUCCCCACGUGAUUAUCCACACAGUCUCAGGAGCAAAAUGCCAAUGCGUUUGGGCCUCUUGCAUUAUUUCUUCUCUUUGAAAGCAUUUGUGUUUUUACCAGGCAGUGGAGCCGAAUCUCUAGUUAACAUCUGUAGAUGUGUUCGUAAGAAGAGCUUAUCUUCAUGAUCAUAUUUCACUGGAAUUAAAAUUAAAGCAAAAAUUAUUCAUGUUUUAAUAAGAUUAAAAAAACAAAACCAACAAGAAAACUGCUACUAGGCCAUGUGCUGGCAUCUGGUUAAUAAUGGAAGUAGAAAGAAAUAGUUUUUAAUGUGUCUGUUUAUAUGAUAAAUUUUUCAAACUUUUUUUCCAUAAAACUUAAAAGAGCCACACCUAGCAUCCUUUGCUAUGAAUCAGAAUGCUAAAGAUGGCUAGAUAUUUUUUCAUAAAUAAAGCCAUCCUAAUCACUUGGGAUAUAAUAAAGUCAGUAAAAAUUUUUAAUAAAAAUCCAAAAAUACAUAAAUAUCAUUUCCCUACAGCUUGUGCUAUGAAAUUUUUCUGAUUAGAGUUUCUCUAAUUUUGUUGACCAAGAUUUUUUUUGUAAAGAUACCGAUGAAAAUGGGUGCACCAUCCUCCCCCCAUCUUUGGGAAAUGAGGGUGGAGCUUAGCAUGGGGCUGUUCUUUGUUCAUUCUUUGUCCACUCAGAGCUCCCAUUUGGAAAAGGCUCCUUCUCCACAGUGAGCUCACAUUUAUUAUAUAAGGAGAAACCUCUUUGCUCUGUUGCUCACUCAUGGGUUAGCAGUGAGGAGGGAAUCGAUGGUCUAUGUGGACCAUGAACACCCUCAUUUUUUAAAGAAUGAUGAAGUUCAUUAGCAAUCCAUAACCCAGAGUGCCUGGGUCCGCUGUGCGUAAGGCACCAAUUGACCAUGGCCCUUCUGACAAACAGUCGGUUCUGUUCCCCCAGCAUUUCCAGGAGACAGCAUGGAGCACUGCAGGAUGGAAUGUGGGAGGACUAUGGAUCCUGGGUUGGGUAGACAUAAUCUAAACUGGCCUUGAAUGAGAAGAAGAGCUUGGGUUUUGGUUAUUUGUGAGAUUGAGAAAAAGCAUGUCCUUUUCCAGUGUUGUCAACUUACGAACAUCACGUUAUUCAUAGAAUUUCUUUUUGCUGGCUGCAUUAGUAAUUCCCUCUGUUUUAUUCUUGAGUUAAUAUCUUUCCAUUGUCAAUAGUGCAGGAGGUUUUCCAUUUUGCUGGUGUUUUCAGAGACCCAUGUUUCUGCCUCACUGAUCUUUUUUUUUUUUUUUUUUUUUUUUUUCCUUUUUUUUUUUUUUUUUUUUUCCCUUUUUUUUUUUUUUUUUUUUUUUUUUUUAAUCCCUAGUUGCUUAUAUAUUUUCCACAGAGGUCUUAGCUCUGCUUAUUUUAAUUAUCUUUUUGCUCUCAUUGGGUUAAAAUAAACCAUCUUUUCCAGUUUCUUCA